CGGCCCGCCGCUCGGCCGCCCGCAGCCGCCUCCGCUCUCCGCGCGUCCCUUCCCUCCGGCCUGGCCUGCCUCCCCGUCGCGGAGUCUCCCAUCGCGCCGCCCGCGGCCGUCCGCACCGACCGCAAGGUGGCCGCCGCCUGGACGGCUGGCACGUGGCGCCCCCGCCCCCGGAGCAGCCCGACGCCCGGCCCGGCUGAGCGCAGCGCACCCCCGGCGGCGCGAUGCCGCGCUUCCUAAGGGGAAUGGCCUUCGUCCCCUUCCUCCUGGUGACCUGGUCAUCCGCCGCCUUCAUCAUCUCCUACGUGGUCGCUGUGCUCUCCGGGCACGUCAACCCCUUCCUCCCCUACAUCAGUGAUACAGGAACAACACCUCCAGAGAGUGGUAUUUUUGGAUUCAUGAUAAACUUCUCUGCAUUUCUUGGUGCAGCCACAAUGUACACAAGAUACAAAAUAGUGGAAAAGCAGAAUCAGACCAGCUACUUCAGCACUCCUGUUUUUAACUUGGUGUCCUUAGUUCUGGGAUUGGUGGGAUGUAUCGGAAUGGGCAUUGUUGCCAAUUUUCAGGAGUUAGCGGUCCCUGUGGUCCAUGAUGGCGGUGCCCUUCUGGCCUUUGUCUGCGGCGUGGUGUACACACUCCUGCAAUCCAUCAUCUCCUACAAGUCAUGUCCUCAGUGGAACACCCUCUCCACCUGCCGCGUACGGAUGACCAUCUCUUUCAUUUCCUGCGCAGCUGUCAUCCCCAUGAUUACCUGUGCUUCACUGAUUUCCAUAACCAAGCUGGAGUGGAAUCCACAAGAAAAGGAUUAUGCAUAUCACGUGGUGAGUGCGAUCUGUGAAUGGACAGUGGCCUUCGGUUUUAUUUUUUACUUCCUAACGUUCAUCCAUGAUUUCCAGAGUGUCACCCUGAGGAUAUCCACAGAACUUAAUAAUGACAUCUGAAGAAAGAGGAAUGAUAUCUUACUCGUGGCAAGUCGCAGGCAGUUUCUAGACGUGGCACGGGGGACUGAUCGGGUAUGAAUGCUGCCCUGUAGCGGGCAGGCAUCGGUGGCACAUCCAGGACUUGAAUUUCACAAAGGCUUCCCAAUAGUUGUCCUAUUUCUAAAGGAAUGUUUUCCUAAAGAAUGUAGAGCACUUACGACAUAGCAAUGUUUUUAUAAUUUUCUAAACUGGUACUUUUUUUUAUAUUCACAAGUUCAUUACACGAAAGAUAAGGUGUUACGGAAAAUGGAGAGCUCUUAUUUUUGUACAGGUUCUGUUUUGUUGUUUCUUUGUGUGUGAGUGAUUUCUGGAAAUACACUAAAUGAGGAAUUUAUUAACAAGUAACCUUGGGAUAUUUUGAGAAUAAACUGUAUAAUUUCA